AUGACGGCACUGGCGGCGAGGCGUGGCGGGUUGGACAGCGGUGAAGGCCCGCCCUCCCCUCCUUCUCUCCCUCAGAUCGCUCUUUCUUUCUUUCUUUGUUUCCUUCUUUCUUUCUCAAGGAACAGCGUGUGUGUGUUUAGCAUAGGGGCUGCGCAGCUGCUGCUGAGUUUUGGGGGGAAAGGCUCAAAGCUUCCACGACUUCUUCCAAAUCAACUGGAUGUUUUUCGUUUGGAAAGAGAUCCUAGAAUGCGACCAAUGAUUUGGAAGCUUCCUCCAAAUAAAAGAGAUGAAAUCCAUUGGGCUUAUAUUAAAGUUGGGCCAAAUCAACCAAUUCUUGAUAAUUAUCCAUUUUCUGGUGAUAAAAGUCAUCAUCGCUUUCAAGCUUCAUGGUUUAAAUUGUUCCCAUCUUGGUUAGAAUAUUCUAUAGAAGAUGAUGCUAUAUAUUGUUUUUCGUGCUUUCUUUUUGCUAAGGAAUCUUCAAUCAAUACGGGUUCAAAUGCUUUUAUUGAGAAUGGUUUUAGAAAUUGGAAGAAAGUAAAUAAUGGAAAAGAAUGUUCUCUUUUGAAUCACAUUGGCAAAGGUCCCAAAUCAUUCCAUCAUAAGGCGCUGAAAUCAUGUGAUGAUUUGAUGAAACAAUCACAACAUAUUGAUAGACUUCUUCAUAAGCAAACAUCAGAAGAGAUUGAAAAGAAUAGAAUUCGACUAGGAACAUUUAUAGAUUGCAUUAGAUGGUUGACAUUUCAAGGUUGCGCAUACAGAGGACAUGAUGAAAGCCAAAGUUCAAGCAACAGAGGUAACUUUUUAAAAAUGUUGAAAUUUUUGGGAUCUUACAAUGAAAGAGUGAAAAAGAAUGUUUUGAAAAAUGUUCCAAAAAAUGCUAAGUAUACUUCAAAUGAUGUCCAAAAAGAAAUUCUACAUAUUCUUGCUACUAAGGUGAGAAAUUCAAUUAGAGAAGAGAUUGGAGAUGCCAAAUUUUAUUUUAUUGUUGAUGAAGCUAGAGAUGAAUCUAAAAAGGAGCAAAUGGCCAUUGUUUUGAGAUUUGUUACUCUAGAUGGUUUUGUUAAAGAGAGAUUCUUUGAUCUUAUGCAUGUCACUGAUACUUGUGCAAUAACUUUAAAGAAAGAAUUGAUUUCUGUCCUUUCUCAUUAUAAUCUCCAAGUUGAAAAGAUUAAGGGUCAAGGGUAUGAUGGUGCUAGCAACAUACGGGGUGAGUGGAAUAGUUUGCAAGCUUUGUUUCUUAAAGAUUCUCCACAAGCAUACUAUGUAUAUUGUUUUGCUCAUAGGUUACAAUUAGCAUUGGUGACAGCUUCAAGAGAGGUACUUCAAAUUCAUGAAUUUUUUACUCAAUUAAACUCUAUUAUCACUAUUGGUAGUGCUUCUUCAAAAAGACAUGAUUAA